AAUCCGCUUCAUGGGACCGCACCCUGACACUCUAGUGUAUCCGCGAAUUUAAAAACGCAUCUCAACGGACGGGUGCCAUCUCUACAAUGCAGCAGGAGUAAUGGAGUAGGAGUAAGAAACCCCGCAUUGCCCCGCGUUAAAGAAGAAGAUCGCUGCGGAGAACAGUAGCUCGCCUCAAUUCUCAUCUGUUUUCAUUUCUUGUCGAUACAUUAAGCUUAUAAAAAAUCGUGAUAAUUUGUCCCUGGAGGGACGGAAACACGGAAAUCCAUUGGGCCAUAAAGAAAAUUUAUCAAGGAUUCAAAGAGUUCACCAUCACCUCGCCUUCUCGAACUACGACGUAUUUAUAUUCACCAUUGCAUCAUCCACAUGGCUACAAGGAUCUUUCUAGAAAUUGAUCUUGACUUAAAUAUUUGACUUAAAUAUGAACAAUUGUAAAGAGAAGGUAUUACCACUAUGAUCUCUCAAGAUCCACAAUUCAUACCAGGAUACAGCGUAGAAAUGCUAGCUGCAAGCCGAACGGCUGUUAUAUUUAUUUUGACGAAAAAAAAUGGCUGCUCUUAGUAAUAAUCUUUGAGUAUAUAUACAUGGAGGAGGAAUGCCUAUACUCAAAGAAGAGGAAUAUAAGAAAUAACAAAUUCAAUAGAAAGAAUAAGUGUUGUCUUUUGCAAGAAACAUUAGGAAAUUAUAAUUAAGGAGAAGAGAAAACUAAUAAAAAGUGAAAUCCUAUCUUUUGUUAAAGAGAUUGUAAAAUUUAUUAUGGAGAUUAUAGAAGGAAAACGAAAUGGUUCUCAAUUGUAUGUUUACAAUAAUUAUACCUAUUGUAUGGAUAAGAGAUUUGGUAAUAUAUAUCGUUGUUCAAAACGUAAGAAGGAGAACUGUCCUGCAGUAAUAGAAAGAGAAGGAGAAUCUUGUAAUUUGAAACAUAAACAUAAUCAUUCUGAAGAACGAUACAUUUUUGAAAUUCAUAAAAUGAAAAGAGAAAUGAUUCGAUUGUCCAAAGAAACAACAUCUCCUAAAAGUAUAUUUGAUACAGUUUCUUGCAAUAAUUUGAAAGUUGCACCAUAUAUUUCAUACAAUAGUAUGAAAUCCAUUCUCAGUCGUCACAGGGCCUCAUCACGUCCAAAUAUUCCUUCUGACUUACAUUCUUUGCACAAACAAUUAGAAACAUACAUACCUACAAAUAAUAUUUAUAAAGGAUGUGCAAUAUCGUGUGAUAACAAGAUAGCGCUUAUUUUUAGUACUGAUACUUUAUUAAAUGUAUUAUCUGAAGCAUCUGAAAUUUUCGUAGAUGGAACAUUUUCGAUUGUACCAAAGAAACCUAGUAUUGCCCAGUUAUAUACUAUACACAUCCGUUAUAUAGAUACGGGCAUAGCAACAGUGUUUGUACUAUGUGAGGCACGUUCUGCCUCUCUCUACAAAGCAAUGUGGGAGAAAAUUGUUUCACUUGCACCAGGUCUAAAUAAAAAUCUUAAAUUUAUUAUGGCUGAUUAUGAACAAGCAGCAAUAAAAGCAAUGAAUGAACAAUUCCCAACAGUUACUAUUCAUGGCUGCUGGUUUCAUUAUUCACAGGCUCUUGUUAGAAAAUGGCGACAGUUAGGUUUGGAUGAUGAACCUAGUGAAUUAUUGUCUAUGGCAAAAACAAUGGCUUUGGCACCAAGUAAUUUGUUUGAAAAGUCAUUAAAUAUUAUGCAAAUAUUUUCUAAUAAUUUAACAAAGAAAUACCCAGCAAUUGAUAAUUUUUUACAAUAUAUAAAAAAUAUGUGGUUACCAAUUGCACCUAAAGUGUCAGUGUUUGGUUGUCCCAACCGUACAAAUAAUUUGGUUGAAAAUUUUUAUGGGAAUAUUACAAAAAAGCUGGGAGCUACUCCCAAUCUGUGGAAAUUUUUGGAUGAUGUCAACAAUCUGAUAGUUAAUCAGAUGUUAAAUUAUGAACGUCUUCAACUUGGUCAUUCCUUAAAACAAUCACGAAUGAAAUUAGAUUUUUAUAAAAAUAGAAGAAUUGGACAAGCACAAAUAAACUUAGUUACUGGGAGAAUAUCGUUACAACAAUUCUUACAGAUAUUUGUACGAGUUGAAUGUCAAGAAAAAAUUUCUGAAGAUUGUGAAGAAAAUAACUACACUUACGACGAUACACCUGAUAAUGGUCACAUCUCUAUUGAAAAUAUUCCAAUAAAAGAUGUACGAGUUCAACUUUUAAGAAUAGACACAUUUAAAAAUAGGAUUCCUUUAAGUGAUAAGACAAAUAUUGGCAUGUCGUCAACUUCAUCUCCCACAAAGAAAACGGCACUUCGACGCAGUACCUAUAAAAAUAAGUCUCAGUAGUAUUUGUUCAUUUUUUUACAUAUUUAAUUUUAUUAUAUCGUUAUGCGAUACACCUUAUUCUCAGGUUAAUAUCGUUGGUACUUACGAUUAACUGUAAAGCUAUGCCACUACUCGCGACCUGACGUUAGUUAAUGUAAAAAAGCUUUAUUUCGGUUUUAAUUUACUUUCCAUCUUUUUUGAAAUCUAGAAGUUAGCCAAAUACAAAUAAACAUGUUAUAUUCUUGUUAUUGGUGAUAUAUCUAUCAACAUAAUGAAAAAGCUAAUUUACAUUGACUAAUGUCGGAUCGCAAGUAGUGACAUAGCUUUAUAUCCAAAUGUUAACAGUAACAUCAGCCAGAGAGCAAGGUGUAGUUGAGACAAUAUGUAAACCUUAAUAUAAGUUACAUGAUAACAAUAUAUGUUACAUGAUUUUGUAUUGAAAGUAAUAGCGAAUUCGGUUGCUUGCACUAGUGCACACUAAGGCUUGUUUACAUACUUUACAUCAGCAUUCUUAUAUUUAAGAAUACAUGUUCAAAAACUAUUUAACCAAAAAAAUAAUUCUAUGAAUGUUGUACAGAUUAUUUUAUUGAUUACGAAGUAUUUUAAGAAGAAUUUAAGAUGAUUCUUAAAUAUAAAAAUUGAUUAUAAACAAGCCUUAAUAUACACUCAGUGCGCACUAGUGCAAGCAACCGAAUUCGCUAUAAGUUACAUUGAUUAUGAUACAUCGCAUGUAAACUCCAUUAACUUAUUUGUUACGUGAUUGUUUUUUUCUAAUUUUGUACUACAGCGCAUACACGGACGCACGCACGCAUACGGACGCGCGUCCGUGUGGGACAAAUGUAUAGUAUUUCUCAUUUAAGCAUAUAAUGCAAUUGACUAUUGAUCGUGGUUCUCUAUUCUCAUCGAUAAGUUUUUUCAUUUCACGUAUUCUUCACGUAACAAAUAAGUUAUGGGUUUUAUACACGUAUUCGUGUUUUAUUCAAUAUUACGACUUACUACCCAGCAAGCACAGAACAUUGCGGCAAUGUUGUAAUAUUGCUCUGAUAUUGAUACAAUGUUAUAACAAUGCCACAACGUUGCUGCUAUGUUCUGUGUUUGCUGGGUACCGAGUAAUACACCUUACUCCCAGGCUAACAUUGUUACAAGUAGUGACAUAGUUUUAUAUCUGAAUCUUAUUAGUAACAUUAGACUGAGAGCAAGGUGUAGUUGAGACAAUAUGUAAGCUUUUGUUACAUGAUUUUAUAUUAAAUCUAAGUUACACGUAAUUUUAUACAUUAAAUCUAAGUUACAUUUAUUGCGAUAAUUUGCAUGUAAAACUUUUAACUUAUUUGUUACAUGAAUGUUUUUUCUAACUUUGUACUAUACGCACGCACGGACGGACGCACGCACGCACGCACGCACACAUGCACACGCGCAAAAUACACACACGCACGCAUACCCACAUACACACACACGUACACCCGCGCGUGCGUCUGUGUGGGACAAAUGUAUUUCUCAUUUAUGAUACUUCUCAUUUAAGCAUAUAAUGCAAUUGACCAUUGGUGGUGGUUCUCUGUUCUCGUCAAUAAGUUUUUUCAUUUCACGUAUUUUUCACGUAACAAAUAAGUUAUGGGUUUUAUACACGUAUUCGUGUUUUCUUUAAAAUUACGACUUACUACCGAGUGAUACACCUUACUCUCAGGCUAACAUUGUUGCAAGUAGUGACAUAGUUUUAAAUCUGAAUCUUAUUAGUAACAUUAGACUGAGAGCAAGGUGUAGUUGAGACAAUAUGUAAGCUUUUGUUACAUGAUUUUAUAUUAAAUCUAAGUUACACGUAAUUUUAUAUAUUAAAUCUAAGUUACAUUGAUUGUAAUAAUUUGCAUGUAAAACUUUUAACUUAUUUGUUACGUGAAUGUUUUUUCUAACUCUGUACUAUACGCACGCACGCACGCAUACAUGCACACGCGCAAAAUACACACACGCAUAUCCGCAUACACACACACGUACACCCGCGCGUGCGUCUGUGUGGGACAAAUGUAUUUCUCAUUUAUGAUAUUUCUCAUUUAAGCAUAUAAUGCAAUUGACCAUUGGUCGUUGUUCUCUAUUCUCGUCAAUAAGUUUUUUCAUUUUACGUAUUCUUCACGUAACAAAUAAGUUAUGGGUUUUAUACACAUAUAUUCGUGUUUUGUUCAAAAUUGUGACUUACUACCGAGUGAUACACCUUACUCUCAGGUUAUCAUCGUUGCUACUUAGAUCAAUUUACUUUCUUUUCAGUUUUAGAUGUUAGGAAAUGAUAGAAAAUACGUCACAUUCAUGUUCGUAUAUGUAUCAACAUAAGUUGGUUAAAAAGCUAAUUUACAUUGACUGACGUCGGAUCGCAAAUAGUGACAUAUAUUUAUAUCCAAAUGUAAGUAGCAACAUCAGCCUGAGAGCAAAGUGUAGUUGAGACAAUAUGUAAUUUCUAUAUAUCCUAGAUAGCACAGAGAGUUCCAAAAGAACUCAAUUGUAUGUCACCAAUUAUAAAUUCUUUUUAAGAAGCAAAAAGAAUUCUUUUUUUACAAAAAUUCUUUUUGCAUUUUAAAAAGAAUUCAAUAUUGGUGACUACAAUUGAGUUCUUUUUGAACUCUCUGUGCUAUCUGGGAUGCUACAUGAUUUUGUAUUAAAAGUUAAGGUACAUUGAUUGUGAUACUUUGCAAUAUAAUAAUAUAUUUUAAUAAAUUUCUAGUAAUUUCCUUCAAACAAAAAUGUGUGCUUGAACAUCUUGUUAAUAAUAUCUCAAAUAUAAUGUAGUCAAUCGAAUUAAAAUUUUAACUGUAA